CCAGCUACUCGGAGAGGCUGAGGCAGGAGAAUGGCAUGAACCCGGGAGGCGGAGUUUGCAGUGAGCCGAGAUUGUGCCACUGCACUCCAGCCUGGGUGACAGAGCAAGACUCCGUCUCAAAAAAAAAAAAAGAUAUGAUGUUGGAUAAAUUCAAGAGCUAAUAGACACCAAACCAGAGGAAUGAACAGAAGAUAACUUGAUGGAGAUGAGUGCCAGAUGAUGAGGAAAAACAUGUAGAACUUCAGGCAGUGCCAGAAAACAGAUCUGGCAGAAGGUUCUAAUUAUUUAGAGCUGCUUUUGACUUAUUUUACAACAUGGACCCUUCUAAGAUAUGUGCCCUGAAACUAAAGCAAAGAAAAAGGAUUGGUAUCGUAUAGAAACAUUUUUAGAGAAAUGAAAAAGCAACAAAGUCAGACAGAAAUUAUAAUAUAUUUCCAUAAAGUUACACCAAGUGUGCCUGCCUGUUCUGCCUCCCCUUCUACCCUCUUCUGCCUCUGCCAUCCUGAGACAGCAAAACCAACCCCUCCUCUUCCUCCUCCUCCUCCUGAGCCUACUCAGUGUGAAGACAAGGAUGAAGACCUUUAUGAGUAUCCAUUUCCACUUAAUGAAUACUAAAUAUAUUUUUGCUUCUUUAUGAUUUUUUUCUUCCUUUUUUUCCCCCCUGCUUCCUGGAAAGAUUUUCUUAAUAACAUUUUCUUUUCUCUAGUUUAUUGUAAGAAUACAAUAUAUAAUAUUACAUUCAAAAUAUGUGUUAACUGAAUAUAUUAUUAGUAAGGCUUCCAGUCAACAGUAGGCUAUUAGUAGUUAAGUUUUAGGGAGUCAAAAGUUAUAUACUGAUUUGUGUCAGGGGUCAGUGCCCCUCAUCCUGGGGUUGUUCAAGGGUCAGCUGUACUAAGUGCUGCUGUGCAUUAGGCAUUAAAUUAUGCAAAUCAACUCAUUUAACUCUCACAACAACUUUUUGAGAUUGGUGUUAUUGUUAUCUUAAUUUUAGAGAUGAAAAAAGUAAGGCACAGUUUUUUCUAAGUUUACUAAAAUAACUUGCCCAAGAGCACACAGCUAGCAAGUGGCAGACCCAAGCACUCUGGCUUCAGAGCCUGUUCUUUAAACCUGUAUACCAUACUGCCUACUAGAGUCAAGUUGAAUAGUCUAUAAAGUCUCAAGUAGGUUUAGUUUAUGCACAGACAAUUCCGUGCAUAAGGAGGAGGAAAAGGCAGGGCAGGGGAGGGAAAGCUAAGCACUGGUCUGUGUUUACUUUUAUUUUUUUGAGACAGAGUUUCGCUCUUAUUGCCCAGGCUGGAGUGCAAUGGUGCGAUCUAGGCUCACUGCAACCUCCGCAUCCCGGGUUCAAGCAAUUCUCCUGCCUCAGCCUCCUCAGCAGUGGGAUUACAGGCACACGCCACCCCACCCGGCUAAUUUUUUUAAAAGUAUUUUUAGUAGAGACAGGGUUUCACCAUGUUGGCCAGGUUGGUCUCGAGCUUCUGACCUCAGGUGAUCUGCCCUCCUCUGCCUCCCAAAGUGCUGGGAUUACAGGCGUGAGCCACCAUGCCAGGCCUGUGUUUACAUUUAUUUAACCCUCACAACAACGUACUAGAUUGGUAAACCUGUGAAAUAACUGUUGUUAUUUUAUAGAAGGGGAAAUUGAAGUACAGCAAAGUUAUAUAAUUUGCCAGUAGUUACAACACUAGUAAGUGGAGGAGCCAAGACUUGAAUGUUUUUUACUAUACUGUACAAGAGAGAUACAAAGACCCCAGAAUAUGUGCAUCUACAAUAUACACACAUGCACAGGCACACUCACAUUUCUGCACCUACCAUCCUAUAGUGCUCGCUGUUUAUACAAGAGAUCCAACAGUUUCAUGGCUCUGGGUCUCAAACCUUCUGCAAUAAUAGAGUUGCCAGAUUGAGCAAAUAAAAAUAAAAGAUGGCCAGGCAUGGUGGCUCAUGCCUUUAACCCUAGCACUUUGGGAAGCCAAGGCGUGUGGAUCACCUGGGGUCAGGAGUUUGAGACCAGCCUGGCCAACAUACUGAAACCCUGUCUCUACUAAAAACACAAAAAUUAGCCAGAUAUGGUGGCGCACACGCGUAGUCCCAGCUAUUUGGGAGGCUGAGACAGGAGAAUCGCUUGAACCCAGGAGGUGGAGGUUGCAGGGAGCUGAGAUUGUACCACUGUAGUCCAGGCUGUGUGACAGAGCGAGACUCCGUCUCAAAAAAUAAUAAAAUAAAAUAAAAGAUGCAGGCCAGGCACCUUGGCUCACACACCUGUAUUCCCAGUACUUUGGGAGGCAGAGGUGGCACAAUUACUUGAGCCCAGGAGUUUGAGACCAGCCUUAGCAACAUACACCUCAUCUCUAAAAAAGAAAAAAUAAAUAAUAAUAAAAAAUUAAAGAUGCCCAGUUAAAUUUGAAGUUUAGAUAAGCACCAAAUAAUUUUAAAUAUAUCUAUGCAAUAUUUGGGACACACUUAAGCUUAAAAAUGUUUUUGGUGUUUAUCCGAAGUUCGAAUGUAACUGGGCAUCCUGUAUUUUAUCUGGCAGCCCUACUAAGGAGAAAAAUUCCUAUUUGUCUUUCAAGUUCUAAGUCAAAUGACUAUUUCUACAUAAAGUCUUCAGUGAUUUCUCUGGGUAGUUUGUUUUUCCCUUCUGUUCUUUUAUAACCUCACCUGCAUCUAUCCAUUAUAGUAUUUAUUACUCUGAUUGUAGGCGCCUGAUCCUUCCCAUUCAGACCUUUUAUCUUUUGUGGGGAAAGCGUUUUAUGUUCAUCUCUGAAUUCCCAACCUUGGAGAUGUUGAAUGAUUGAAAUGGUAAUUGAAUAAACAUUUACUGAGAGCCAGUAGGUUUAACAGGAGGAAUGAAGGAGAACCAGCAUUUAUCAAUUGCCUUCUAUAUGCUAAAUAUAGUGCUGACUGCGUACAAUAUUUAAUGCCCCUUAGGCCUUACUAGUAAAAUGGACGGGCAGUCUUUGGCCGCAGGAAGAUCACAUUCUCCUGAGGCCUAAACAUUUGGCAUAAAUAACUGAUGCCAUUAUAGUCUCUGUAACUCCUUUCUGAGAAAGCUGAACCUGGGCCUAGUUGGCGUAGAACUCCUGUUUCCAUAGAAACAAGAGGGUCUGUAAAAGUCAAAGGAGACAGGAAGAGCAGUUUGCACUUCCGGCUUACGUCGGAGACGCGUACAACGCGGAAGUUGACGCAGCGCGAUUGCCUACGGUCGCUCCUUGAGAGGAUGCCGCUCGUGGUGUUUUGCGGGCUGCCGUACAGCGGCAAGAGCCAGCGUGCUGAAGAGUUGCGCGUGGCGCUGGCUGCCGAGGGCCGUGCGGUGUACGUGGUGGACGACGCAGCUGUCCUGGGCGCAGAGGACCCAAGCGUGUACGGCGAUUCUGCCCGUGAGAAGGCAUUGCGUGGAGCUUUGCGAGCCUCCGUGGAACGGCGCCUGAGUCACCACGACGUAGUCAUCCUGGACUCGCUUAACUACAUCAAAGGUUUCCGUUACGAGCUCUACUGCCUGGCACGGGCGGCGCGCACCCCGCUCUGCCUGGUCUACUGCGUACGGCCCGGCGGCCCGAGCGCGGGACCUCAGGUGGCGGGCGCGAACGAGAACUCCGGCCGGAGCGUCAGUGUGAGUUGGCGGCCACGCGCUGAGGAGGACGGGAGAGCCCAGGCAGCGGGCAGCAGCGUCCUCAGGGAGUUGCAUACUGCGGACUCUGUAGUAAAUGGAAGUUUCCAGGCCGACGUACCCAAGGAACUGGAGCGAGAAGAAUCCGGGGCUGCGGAGUCUCCAGCUCUUGUGACUCCGGAAUCAGAGAAAUCUGCAAAGCAUGGGUCCGGUGCCUUUUACUCUCCCGAACUCCUGGAGGCCCUAACGCUGCGCUUUGAGGCUCCCGAUUCUCGGAAUCGCUGGGACCGGCCUUUAUUCACUUUGGUGGGCCUAGAAGAGCCGUUGCCCCUGGCGGGGAUCCGCUCUGCCCUGUUUGAGAACCGGGCCCCACCACCCCAUCAGUCUACGCAGUCCCAGCCCCUCGCCUCCGGCAGUUUUCUGCACCAGUUGGACCAGGUCACGAGUCAAGUAUUGGCCGGAUUGAUGGAAGCGCAGAAGAGCGCUGUCCCCGGGGACUUGCUCACGCUUCCUGGUACCACAGAGCACUUGCGGUUUACCCGGCCCUUGACCAUGGCAGAACUGAGUCGCCUUCGUCGCCAGUUUAUUUCGUACACUAAAAUGCAUCCCAACAAUGAGAACUUGCCGCAACUGGCCAACAUGUUUCUUCAGUAUUUGAGCCAGAGCCUGCACUAACCAGAUGAGGUAGGGGGGAAAGCCAUGGCUUCUGAUCUCCACUCCACUUUAUUUCUCUGGGAAGAAUAGGCUGCAGGUCUCCAGAGCAUAUCGAUGCAGUACUGUACUAGAGCUGUUGUGACUGAUUCAAACUUUCCUGCAUACCCCUGUGCCAGGCCUUGGGUUUACAGCAUAAGUUCAGACUAAAGAGAAUGGAGAACUAUUGUGGUGCAACCUGGCAAAUCCCUCCAGUGGACAGAGCCGAGGUGGACAGGGAUUACCUAGAUUGGAUCCUACUUGGGCUAUCACAGAGCAUUGACCAUUGGCUUCCCUCAUCUGAGGCGUGGGAGAGCAGACUGGACAGAUGAGAAUUGUUUUAAAACAAUUGUGAACAGAAACUGAAGAUGGCACAGUUCUACAUCUGCACCUGCCCUUUUUUCGUACCACAAAAGUAUUUUUUGAGUACUGUACUGACUUUUUGCUAGUCUCUGUUCUGGGACUGAGUUCACAGAUAAAUCCAUUGGUUUGUAUCCUUGGGAAACUUUGUUUUUGUGGAAGUAAGAAAGUUAUUUACUAGAUUAUUUCCUCUAAUAAAAUCUUUUAAAAUAGUCUA